GGAAUUAGGAUUUACUCUGUAUUAUAGCGUAGAGGAGGAGGGAGGGAGGGAGGGAGAGAAAGAAAAACGCCUGAAAGAGCGGGAGUACGGAAUAUGUAACAUAAAAGGCAAGAAGGAAAUAAAUGGAUUCGGGGCUUGCUGAGCGUACCAUAGAGGAGGGAAGAGAGACGAGGUAGAAAGAAAGGAGAAGACGGUGUCUGAAACAGCAACAGACAGAUGUUCCAGAAAGCUGGCGAAGAGAUACGGACAAGAAAAGGGGGGAGCGCAGAGGCGUGUAGAGAACAUUCUCUGGCUGACAGACGAUUUGAGAAACAACUGUAACAAAAAGGCCGGAUGGGAGUCUAUACUGACACAUAUGCACGCAUACACACCCACAACACACACAUGGAUAGACUGCGGCCGACCAGUGACUCCGGUCGACUACUGCCAGUGGUACCCAAAGACCCUCUCACUAAUGCGUUAGAUGCCAUUGUGGUCAGUACUGAUCUCAUCGAGGAUGAACUCCGACCUCACCUGGAAACAGUAUUUACUGUCAUACAGGAAAAACAGCGUGGGGCUGCGGAACAGGUGGCAGUGAGUGGUGUAUUACCUACUCUGGCUCAAGCCCUUAGGAGGAGAGGACCGCUUACUUUAAUGACUGCUAAACUGGUGUCAGAACUGGCCAGAGAAACGGUGAUCAGGGAGAGGUGUGGGGAGACAGGGUUGUCAUCUGCUCUGCUGUCUGUGCUGGUCUCCAGGGAUCAGGAGUUGCUGAUACACGCUGGCCGCGCUAUCGCUCGUAUCUGCUACGAGAGCCGGUGUCAACAGGAGCAGUUGUUGCGUUUGGGGGCAGUCCCUAGGCUGGUUGGAAUCCUGCUGGGUUUUAAAAGCAACCAGGCUCUGGAGGGUGUGUGUCUUGUGGCCCUGUGUAACCUAGGUGACAUGGGAGAGGGGGGGGAGGAUGGAGGUAUAUCGUGGGAGAGAGGCGUGUCACUAUGUCCCGAGGAGUCUGUGUUUCGUGGCGUGACUUGUCACUCCUGCGGCUUUGGCUCCAUGGUUACAGUCGUCAGACUGACCCAGUGGUCGCCCGGGCAACACACCGUCAGCAUCGAGGUGUUAUCCCGUUACUCCAUCGGGUUCUGGACAAUGCAUAACAACCGCCGGACAGUGCGAUGUUCACCACUCUCUCACCUGGGAACGUGUCCUAGGUUCUACAAAGCCAUCAAGUACUCCGUUCAGAACAUUCCCAACAGUAGGAGCCUCAAGUCACUGAUCUUCCACAUCUUCCUUUGAGAUGGGGAUGGACUACAAACAUGGCAGCAUAUUAUGGACUACAAACAUUGCAGUAUAUCAUGGUUUACAAGCAACGCUUUUUCAUUGACUAUGAAUAUGGUAUUCUAUCAAUGACAAACAGGAGAACUCAUUCACACCUUAGAGAGGAACGGACUACAAACAUGGCAUUUUAUGGACUACAAACAGGUUGACUCUGAAAGUCACUGCAGAUACAUCAGGACUGCAGACAGAAACCGAGAUGACUGUGGGUGUUGGGGUUCUGGAUGUACCUUACCCAAUUAGAAAUAAAUCGGAGUUCAAUUUCUUUUCAAAAUUGACGUUAAAGUUUCAAAUCUAUUUCUUUAUUUUGUUUUUAAGAAAUUCUAAAAUAGUUUGACAACCCUGCUUUGUACGCUUUUAAAUGAUAUCAAACUCAACUGUUUACCUUUUUCAGUCAGUGAUGAAGACAUGUGUCAUGGUAUGGUGGGGUAUGCAAAUGGAUCAACUUUGAGAACCUUUAUCUUUUGAAGGUUUUGGCAUUCAGGUCCAAAAUGUCCCUUUCUGACAACUUCUUAAAUGGGAAAACAUGUUUGAAAAUUGUUGCUUAAUCAAAAGUGAUGCUGUCAAAAAGUGAUUAAAUUCAAAUGGAUUUACCCACACACACACACACUACUAGGUCCGUAUAGCGGCCGAUAGGUUUGUUCAUAACAUUCAUUAUACACAAUACAAUCUUAGACUGAACUUCUUACUGUGUAGCUCUUUCUAUCUCUGGGUUUUGUAUCAUAGACAAUGUUUAAAAUGUCAUUCUCAUUAAAAAAAAUGUCAUAUGCAAGAACUGGUGACACUUGUAAUUUCUGCUGUGCCAUAUAAAACCAUGUUUUUGACAAUUCGUUAGGCAAUUUUACUACUCCACCAGUAUUUCAUCCUCAUUCUGCAUAAUUUGAACCUGUUGACCGUUAAUGUUAAGUGGAUGGCCAUAUAAAACACAUGUUCAUGAAGGCCAUGAACAGUACCUAGUAAUGCCUUACACUGUUAGAAAGCUCAGAUUGUGCUUUUUUUAUUAGCUAUUCCUUAUUUUUUGAUUUUAUGCAUUUAAAAAAAACGGAAAUGGUUCCAAUGUUUUUUCCGCCAUUAAUUUUUCACAUUGUGAAUAAAUAA